AUGUCUAUCGACGAGCGGGCUCUAUCGAAUAGUGACGAGGACCCAGACGAUGUCAUGCUUACCUACGAACCGCUGGCUCCUUUGGAAGUCGUCCAUCCCAUGGAAGAUUUGCUCAGCGAUCCCGGUGCUCGGCUUACCUCCGUUAAAGUUACUUUAAUGGGUCCAGACGCGAUGCAAUACAAUAAGAGGGAAAUACCUGCAUUUUUGGAUGUCCCUGCUCCUAAGUUCUGUCGAAUUCGAUUCUCCCGUUGCUCCUCCGCCUCUGUGUCAACGCGCAUCCCCCGCCAGACCCACUAUGAACUAUCGUCUCUAUCAAAUUUGACUGCCCCCCCCUGGAGCGAGCCAAAGAAGAUGAAACCUAUCAGUGUCAAGACAAAGAUCCAAGAGGAGACCCUGAUGCAGGCCAUCGGAGAUUACGAACGUCAAAUCCAAAGCCUCUUUCGUAAUGGCGAAUGGCAGGUUGCACAAAUGUCCUUAGAACGCUAUGUACGGCAGCAAAGAACCUCAAAGGGCCCAAACCAUCCACUCACCCUGCGAGCAUUGGGGCUACUUGCGACAGCAUAUGCGGGACAAGACAAAUGGCCGGAAUCGAUCGCCAUUCACGAGGAGAUUGUCGAAAGUAGACUCGGUAUGGAUUUAAAUCAUCCUGAGACCGUCAAGUCGAUGGUCAAUCUCGGUGCCAUAUAUAUGGCCCAAGGGAAAGUGACACAAGGACUAGAACUUCUUUUCCACGCAGACGAGACGACACAGCGCAUCAAGUAUCCACCAAAUGACGAAGAAUACCGACGCGUCCUCAGUCACUUGCGUCAUUUGCUCUCAACCGGAGCAGACUAG